AUGGUUACGACUUUAGAUACCAUCGCGUUAAGGGAUGUGCAACUGAUUGCUCCGACGGCUGUGAAACUCGGUGACACAGUGCUGCUCGGUUGCAAAUGGACUCUUGAGGGAAACGAGACUCUGUACAGUGUUAAGUGGUAUAGGGGCAGGCAAGAGUUCUUCAGCUAUCUACCCAAGGAGUACCCUUUUACGCGCAUCUUUGCUCAGCCGGGGAUUGACGUUGAUGUAUCAAGAUCGACAUCUCAGCAAGUGGUGUUACGAGAAGCGACGCGUGCGCUGGCCGGAAGGUUUCGUUGCGAGGUGUCUGCUGAUGCACCAUCCUUCCAUACACAAGUUCGCUCUGCUUUCAUACACGUUGUUGAACUCCCUCCGGAGAAGCCCUCAAUCAAAGCAGAAAAAGGAUGGUAUGCCUCGGGCGAUUCCUUGCGAGCGCAAUGUAUCUCGCCACCCGCUGAUCCACCGGCUAACUUGACUUGGCUGCUGAAUGGAAGAGAUAUCCAAGGCAAGCCAAUAAUCCAGCAAAGGAUUCUGCCCAGCCCGGCUGUGUCAAUACCGAUGCAAGUUGGACCCACUCCCCCUCCGGGGGACGAAAACACCAAUAUCAUAUUCAGCCCAUGGAAAGCAUUCGGUCCAUUUGUUGACACUAUACAGGACGGAGAAUUUCUACCGAGUCAGGACAGUGUCAUGUUUCCAACGUCAAGACUGGAUUUAGACGAUGACGUCACCGAUCCCAUACCCACGAGUAUGAGGGAAUCCUCUAACAAGGUGGCUUCUAUCAGCCAGCUGUCAUUCCUCGUUAGACCAGAUAGCUUCGAGCGAGGCCAGCUGCGCUUGACCUGCGUCUCGACCGUGCACACGGUGUACAGCGAACGAGCUGAGCUGGUCAUCAAUGAGGAGCGUCCUCAAAUCGCCUCUGUGCUUGGCACGAGAGACGGUUCAGCCGGUUUGGUGGCGUCCCUUCAUCUUACUUUUAUGUUCUCAUUGCUGACUGCUAUAGAUAGGUUAAGGAUCUUUCGAUGA